AUGGGAGACGACGGACUUAUGCGUUUGUCCGGCCGUAUAGGAGCAGCGUCGUGCGUCCGUGACGAAAUGAAAAACCCCAUUGUGCUAGAUGGCAAAGAUCCAGCUGUGCGCCUGCUUGUCGAGCAUCAUCAUCGCAAGGCUGCCCACGGGAACACAGAGACCGUAGUUAACGAGAUGCGACAAGAUUAUCACCUUCUGUCCUUGAGAAGUACCGUCCGCAACAUUGCCUACAACUGUCUAUUUUGCCGAAUACGCCGGGCUAAGCAGUUUCAACCCGUGACGGGAGAUCUUCCAGAAGCUCGCCUUGGGCAUCACAAACGGCCAUUCUCAUUUACAGGGCUGGAUUACUUCGGCCCAGUACAAGUCUCCGUUGGUCGAAGGCGUGAAAAAAGAUACGUCGCCCUUUACACCUGCCUCGUAGUUCGUGCGGUCCACCUGGAAGUGGUGGACAGUUUGUCAACUGACUCUGCUAUUAUGAGCCUCCGCCGAUUCAUCGCUCGAAGAGGUACCCCAUCAGAGCUGUGGUCAGAUAAUGGGACUGCAUUCGUCGGCGCUAGCCGUGAACUUCGACGUUUAUAUGACGAUGCUACGCCACAGUUCGCUGCUACGCAGAAGAUCAACUGGAGAUUCAUCCCGCCGUCGGCACCUUUCAUGGGUGGAAGCUGGGAAAGGCUGGUGAAGAGCGUGAAGGCAGCACUCAAGGUUACCCUGACCGAACGAGCUCCAACGGAUGAGGUGCUGAGAACCCUGCUGGCUGAGGCGGAGGCCCUGGUAAAUUCUCGGCCGCUCACUCACGUUUCCGUGGACCCUCAAAGCGAAGAGUCCCUGACGCCCAUGCACUUCCUGCUGGGUUCUUCAUCGGGACGUCCAAUACCAACGACAUCAACUGAAACGGAUUUACUGUCGCGAUCUAGCUGGCGUAAGGCCGUCAGAUUAUCGGAGUAUUUUUGGCGCCGUUGGCUAAAGGAAUACCUUCCGACCUUAACACCCAGACGUGGUCGAGGUGAAGUUCCACAGAUGGCAGUUGGUGACCUGGUGCUCAUUGCGGACGGCAAUACUCCCAGAGGUUCCUGGCCCCGUGGGCGCGUAACAGCAGUCUUCCCUGGUCCUGACGGGGUCAUUAGAGUUGCGGAUGUACACACUGCGGGAGGCACUUUGCGGCGGCCCCUGCGGAAGCUGGUGAAGCUCCCUCUUUAA